UUUUGAAACACCCGGUGUUGAGAGUGUUAUCACAACAAUUUGUUUGACAGUUUGUAAAAAAAGAAGAAGACAAGUAAACAAACCGUGUUUAUUAGCAUUUAGUUUAUUUACGCUUAAAAAAAGUUCAUAAUAAUUAAAAAAACUAUAAAAAUGAAAAUCGCUGUAGAAGGUUGUGCUCAUGGAGAGCUCGAGAAAAUCUAUGAAACAAUAAAGGAAUUGGAAAAACGCGAUAAUAUUAAGGUUGAUAUGUUGAUUUGCUGUGGCGAUUUUCAAUCCACGCGUAAUAUGGAAGAUUUACAAACAAUGGCCGUUUCCCAAAAAUAUCAAGAUAUUUGUACAUUUUACAAAUACUAUAGCGGGGAAUUGAGAGCUCCUAUGUUGACCAUAUUUAUAGGUGGCAAUCAUGAGGCAUCCAAUUAUUUGCAAGAAUUACCUUAUGGCGGCUGGGUGGCCCCUAAUAUCUAUUAUUUGGGUUAUGCUGGUGUUGUCAGAGUUAAUGGUCUCAGAAUUGCGGGCAUUUCUGGCAUAUAUAAAGGCCACGAUUUUUUACGUGGACGCUUUGAGUUUUCGCCCUAUACGGAUAGCACAAAACGCAGCGUUUAUCAUGUGCGCCAGUUAGAGGUGUUUCGCUUGAAACAACUUUCGGGUAAAAUAGAUAUCUGCAUGUCACAUGAUUGGCCCAAAGGAAUUUACAAUUUCGGUAAUAAACAACAGCUAGCACGUUUUAAACCAUUUUUACGCGAAGAAAUGGAUAAUGACAAGUUGGGCAGUAGACCUUGUGAAGAUUUGCUUAAUUUGUUGAAGCCUCAAUAUUGGUUUGCUGCUCAUUUGCAUUGUAAAUUUGCCGCCGUUGUGCCUCAUGAAAAUGAAAACGAAAUGAAGGAUGACCGAAAUGAAGAAGACGACACCAACGUUAAACCGUCAUUUACAAAAUUCUUAGCUUUAGACAAGUGUUUGCCUAAGCGCAGAUUUCUACAAAUUCUUGACAUCAAUUCGGAAAAUUAUACAGAUGAUGAGGGUGACUUACGAUUUGAAUAUGAUUUGGAAUGGUUAACUAUUUUAUAUUUGACCAAUCAUUUGAUAAAUGUCAAAGAAGCCUACUAUUAUCUACCCAAUGAAAAGAGCACUAAUGGUGAACGUUUCAAUUUUACACCCACCGAAGAAGAAAUGCAACAUGUGCGACAAAAAUUCGAAAAUGAUUUGAAAAUUCCACAGAAUUUUUGUCGCACAGUUGAAGCUUUCGAUCCGGCCACUUAUAGCAAAGGACAGCAUUACAAACAGCCAAAAUCACAAAUUAAUCCCCAAUCUUUACAAUUCUGUGAUACAUUGGGUAUUGAUGAUCCCUUAGCCUUGGCCAUGCUAAUGGGUGGUCAUGAAUUGAGUCAUUCGAGUACGCUCGAUAAUACACAAGAUUCAGCCUUAAGUGAUUCCAUACUACAAGAUGAUCAGCAAUCAACUAGUCUAAAUACUUCAAACACAUCGGGCGCGUGUCUAACAGCCAGUAGUCCUUUAAAACGUAAAAGUAAUUCGGGGUUAAUUUUGCCUAAACCGAAAUCUGACGAGGGAAAUGUUUCUGUUAAUACAGAAGAAAUAGCUUUGGAUGAAGAGACAGAAACUGUUGAGACAAAUACAGAUAUAGUGGUAGCUGUUGCAUUGGAAGAGACGCCCGCUAUAACAUUAAAUGAAAGUAAUGCAAAACCUCCAAUUAAAAAAUUUAAAAGGCGAAAUCAGGAUAUUUAUCAGGAUAAUGAAGAAACGGAAGAACUAAAAGCGGCAGCGUAAUACAAUAAGAUGUAGCAAAAAUUUUACUUUUAAAUGAUUUCUUAUAAUGUCCAUUAUUAUUUUUAAAAAAUAACUUUUUGUUUAAUUUCCUUAUAUUACAACCAUUAUGUGUGUAUAUAAAUAAUAUAAAUUGGCGACCAAACUAAUAAUUUCUAGUUUUUUU